UCAACUGUCAACACGGACGGAAUCUGGAGGAGAAAAAAAAAACUGCGCUGAUUUCUGGAAGAAAAUGAUAGAAACGGUGACAUUUAUCACAAUAUCACGGAAUAAAACUCUACGUUUUUAAGACUUUCCGAUUGAGGUAGCUUCAGCGUUGUGAGGAGGGAUGCCGGUGGAGAGCGGGAGCGCCGCCGCCCGUCAGGCCAAACAGAAGAGGAAGUCCCACAGUCUGUCCAUCCGCCGCACCAACAGCACCGAGCAGGAGCGCUCCGGCCUGCAGAGAGACAUGCUGGAGGGACAGGAAUCCAAACUGCCUCUGUCUGUGAGGAGCAACCUGCUCGACCUCUUCAGUCAGAUCGAGAGGGAGUUUGAAAACAUCUACAUAGAAAACCUGGAGUUACGCAGAGAAAUCGAAACGCUGAACGAUCGUUUGGCUGCAGAUGGACAAGCUUUCGAAGGAGCGGAUUUAGCCAAAGGAGCCCUGAAGACAAAAGCGAGUCAUAGCACGAGCCAGCUGUCACAGAAACUGAAGACGACCUACAAGGCUUCCACAAGCAAGAUUGUCUCCAGUUUCAAAGCGACCACGUCCAGAGCGGUGUGUCAGCUGGUGAAGGAGUACGUCGGCCACAGAGACGGCAUCUGGGACCUGAGCGUCACCAGGACUCAGCCGAUGGUGCUGGGUACCGCUUCUGCAGACCACUCUGCGAUGCUGUGGAGCAUUGAGACGGGAAAAUGCCUCCUCAAAUAUAUGGGCCACCAAGGAUCAGUCAACUCCAUCAAGUUCCACCCCACUGAACAGAUGGCUCUAACAGCCUCUGGAGACCAGACAGCUCACAUCUGGAGGUACAUGGUGCAGCUGCCGACUCCACAGCCUGUUGCUGAUAUCAGCCAAACACCCUGUGAAGAGGACGUGGACUUUUCGGAUAAAGACGAGGCUGAUAACGAGGUGGAAGGUCCGAUCGACUGUCCGUCUGUCCGCGUGGCGACCACGACUCUGCGCAGCCAUCAGGGCGUGGUGAUCGCUGCUGAUUGGCUGGUGGGAGGCAAACAGGUGGUGACGGCAUCAUGGGAUCGAGCUGCAAACCUGUACGAUGUGGAGACCUCAGAGCUCGUGCACUCACUCACCGGCCAUGACCAGGAGCUGACACACUGCUGCACUCACCCCACCCAGCGUCUGGUGGUCACAUCGUCCAGAGACACCACCUUCAGACUGUGGGACUUCAGAGACCCGUCCAUACACUCCGUCAACGUGUUCCAGGGACACACUGACACGGUGACGUCUGCUGUCUUCACGGUGGGCGAUAACGUUGUAUCAGGAAGUGAUGAUCGCACCGUUAAAGUGUGGGACCUGAAGAACAUGAGGUCGCCCAUAGCAACCAUCCGAACUGACUCCGCCGUCAACAGGAUCAGCGUGUCGGUGAACCAGAAAAUCAUCGCUCUUCCUCACGACAAUAGGCAGGUCCGGCUGUUCGACAUGUCGGGGGUGCGGCUGGCUCGACUCCCCCGCAGCAACAGACAGGGUCACCGUCGGAUGGUUUGCUGCUCCGCCUGGUGUGAAGACAACACGUCCUGCAACUUGUUCACCUGCGGAUUCGACCGGCAGGCCAUCGGCUGGAACAUCAACAUCCCCGCCCUGCUGCAGGAGAAAUGACCUCCCGAUGCUGCCACUUUACGGUGAAACUACACACAAAGUCUGCCUCUCAAGAGCAUCGAACACUCACUUUCUGCAGGCUUUAAAUUCAGCUUCAAACAUGUCUUUUUUGGUCUGUAAAAACGUGUCACAUUACAACAGACGUAACUUGAAGCAAAUACUCAAUGACAUUUAAAAAUAUAUGUUUUAAAAGCUGCCUUUGAGUCUGCAGGCGGUCAGUUUUCAGCUUUCUGAGAUAAAAAAAAAGGAUGGGAAGGAAUGAAAAAUGAAACAUAUUAUCUAACUUAAGCCGCCAAUAUAUACAUGUUAUGUGUGUUUCUUUUGCGUUGAGCAAUUCUUCACUAUCCAAAUGAAAUAAACGACCUGUGUACCACUGAUGAUGAAAGCACAGACACGUUUGUUUUAGUGAAAAACUAAAAUGCUCAAAACUCAAGAUAAGUGAGUUGGAGAAUUAACGAAAUGUAAUCCGUGCCACUGAGAGCAGAUUUAUGUUUGGACAAGAAUCUGAUGCUUUUGGAGAAAAUCCUUCAACCAUUCUUUUUAGAAGUUAAUUUGUGAUAACUUGCCAUUUCCCUUCUUUACCUAAACUUCUUAAUAUAAAACGAAAGAAGCCCUCACUCUUUGAAUUGAUACCUUAACAACAACCGAACAUUGUCUAAAUUAUGUUUGGCUAGUUAUCAAUUUUAGUGAGCUGUUUGAAAAAAGGGAUAUUUCCCCAUUUGUUUCAUUCAAAAAACUUUUAUUGGCACCUGAGAUUUACUGCUUAUCUAAAACACACUUUAAAACAACCACCAUAUUAUCUUUUGUUUGUAAAAGCUCAGUUCUGCUCAGCGUUCAGGAGUCUGUGUGGUACAGGAAUGCACCUUUUGGAAUAGUCUUAUAUAGCUUUUUGUUGCUGGAGAGUAUUGUAGAUUAUGUAAAUGGUCAACAAAGUUUAAUGCUGGUGUUUUUUUUUAGCUUAAGGAUUGUUUUCUGCAAAGCCAGACACUUUGGCACAUAAUGGUCCUAUUCUGUUGUUAGAUUUAAGAUGGCUGAUAGUGGAAUCUGUCUACCUUUUAAACUGUGGCUACCUGAACAAAAUGUGAGUAAUAACAUUAUCUUUGCUAGCCGUGGUGCUGUGUACUCUAGAACUGGUAUAUUGCUAAACCUUAAAACAGUAGUGUUGUGUGACUAAAGAGGGAAAGAAAUAACGCCUGGUGGAUAUUAAAGCUACAAAAGUCCAACAAAAGGACGCUAUAUUUGACAUUUUUAUUAUUUUGUCUUUUGCAAAGACUAUAUUAUGGAUGCUUUAUCGACCAUUGGCUGAGUAAAUCUCAACCAAACCUCUUAUAUUGGUCCCAAAUAUCUACUUCCUCUCCUAUGUAAAGGUGAUAGUGGUUUUUUUAUUGACUGAAACUUCUCCAGUGUUAGAGUUUGACCCCAAUAUGACCUCCCACAUCUUAUAUGUGAUUAGUCACUCUUCUCACAGUGUUAAUCUGGAUCUGACUGUGCUUCUGUUUCUGUAAAGCCAUGAACCAGCCACUGUGUUUCUAGUAGACAGAAAAUAAAUGUGUAGAUAUUGAUCCAUCUAAGGGAGGAAAGGUGAUUACAGUGUUUCUGUUUGUGUGCUAAUGAAACAUUUAGUCUCUAAGAGCAGCACCUGUUGAGAUAGUUGUUAUGCAGGGCCGGGUACCGAGACAUAGUACCUAAAGAAUAUUCUAUUUAAUAGUCCUUUGGGGUAUUUGGUACUAAAUGAAGUCCCAUUUCAGUGACUAAAUAGACAAACAAUUGUGCACUUUAAAUGGCGAGAAUAGACUUCUCCACCCAUAUAUUAGUAAUACGUUCACACAUCUUUCUGAAGGGCUUUAAUAGAGAUGGAAAGGUUUGUUUUCAGAGGUAAACUAAACUUCUAUGCCUCUUUUUUUAUCGUCUCAAGCUCUACUCGCAAAAUCUAAUAAUUAGAGAUGAAACUCUUAACAAAAAUGACUAAAGUAGAACGAAGUCUGCUUAAGUCUGACAACAGUUGAGUCAAUCAUUUCUAAUAAAAGUGAAAUUUGAGCAGAUUUGAAGGGAAUAAAAUAGGUUAGUAGAGAAAGCACAUUAUUUGUACGUGUUACAUAUCAAUUAACUCACUUUAAAAUAUAAUGAAAUCUAAUUUCAACCAACGAUAAAAGAGAAAACUAACUGAUGUUUCUUCUGGUGCCCAGCCCUGCUGUUGUACCAAUACUUGACAUGAAUGUACAAAUAGUUUUUUCCUAGAUUAUCGCAGUGCCCUUUAGUCUUUAGUGUUGAAAACACUGUUGUGGGGAUUCUGUCAGUGUCAUAUUUGUAAUGGUACUUAAAAACUAGUAAAACCUUUUGAGGAGUGUCGUGAUGCGUUCGCUGUCCCCUGCUUUGCUUCCCCACUGCCACUAAAACAGCCAAAGCUGCAUUGGAGUGAAUAGGAAAGGAUGUAGUGAUGUGUGCGUGCGUGCGUGCGUGCGUGCGUGCGUGCGUGCGUGCGUGCGUGUGUCUGAGGACAAAGUCUGUGUGUCUAUCUGUGGUGCGAAACAAAUCAACGUCUAAAAACGUGUUUAAUGUUAUCACAAGUUACAGCAUUAAAACGAUGAAUAAGCACAGUCCAUUUCAAACUGAUUGUUUCUAAGUCUAGCUUUAGAUUUAUGCUGGUUUGUUACAAAAGUGUUCAUUAAAACAAGUACAUUGACAUUACAUUGAAUUGUAUUUUGGUCACACUUUACAGCUGCCUUGUAUUAACCUAGUGAAAUGUAUUUCUAACAAUUAAAAAGUCUUAUAAAUACCAAAUUUAGUGAAGUAAUAUAGAUUUUGGUGUAAAAACAGCCUCAUUACAUGCACAUAAAAGUGAUAACUUCUUAAAAGGCAACUGUAAAGUGAUAUUGUUCUUAUUUUAACACCAUAACAUUUGUAUCAUAAACUGUAAUAUAUGAAAAUGUCGCCGGAUUUUCAGCUGCAGCAGUUUUAUUAUUAGCCUUUAUAACUUGAUGACAUGUUCCUGCAUUUCAAUUGUUUUUAUUUUGUGUAGAUUACUGCUUCAUGAUGAAUGACUUAGUUCUUCAGUCAAAGGCUUUACAUUCACAUAAAAGUUAAUUUUGUCAUUUACACCAGAGAUGGCAAAUGUAGUCCAAAGUUUUGCAUUCGGCUAAUAAUAAAUUAGCUUCUCAAACUUCUUCUCAAAAAAAUAUGUUUUGGUGAGUAGUUCCUAAUUAAUUUUAGUUUACAUGUAUAAAUGUAAGAUACUUUUCACUGUUGGACAAAUGUUAUGUUAAAAAAAACAUUUAUUUCUGUACCUUCACUUUCUUUUUAUUCACUCCAGCUGCAAUCAGCAAUAUUCUAAUUAAAAACAAAAGCACAACAUUGCAGAUCAUUGAUGUCCUUUUUCCCAAAAUCAAUUCUGCAAGAGGAGUUAUCACUGGUUUAAAUGACAGAACAUCUUGUUUGUGUGAAGGAAAUAUAGAAGCUGUGUGUUUAGGAUUGUGAAUGUUCAACCUUUUAAACAAGUUUCACUGCACUCAACUGCUUUUUUUUUUACCAACACUGAGCCACUUUUGCUGCCUGCCACGUUCAUAACAAUGUUAAUAAUGUUCAGUCAUACUGUUCACACUAUCAAUAAACAUGAAACCAGAUCACAACCACCGUCGUGAAGCCUUGUGAAACUGUGGCAACGUGUUAACAGUGUUUUGUGUGAUCAAAGUGGCAAAAAAACCUUAAUGUAGUUCUCAGAAGAAAAAUGUAAACCUGUUGAAUCGACUUGACAGCAGUUUUGUGGGUUAAAGCUGUGUAAUAAUAAGGAAUAAACAGCUGCUUGUGAAAUUAAAAUAAACAAUUUGUGCUGUAA